AUGAAACUAAAACUAGACAAAAGCGCAGGCCCUGACGGACUUACAAAUGAAUGCAUCAAGACUGCGAGAAACCUACUACUAACCCCACUCACCAUUCUAUGGAAUAAAAUAUUAGAAGAAGAAGCUGUGCCCUCACAAUGGACCGAGUCUGAAAUCAUACUACUCUACAAAAAAGGCGAUCCGGCCGAUAUAGGGAAUUACCGUCCAAUUAGUCUUAUGCCCUGCCUAUACAAACUGUUCGCUUCAUGCUUGCUGGAAAGAAUAUCCCCUGACAUUGACUCAUACCAACCAAUCGAGCAAGCCGGAUUUAGAAGUGGCUUUAGUACAGUGGACCACAUCCAAGUAGUUGACCAGAAAGCUAGCGCAAAAGUUGGAUUAGAGAUGAACCUAGACAAAACUAAAGUGAUGACCAACCACCAUAUAAGUCCUAUUUUAGUAAACGACAUACCUCUUGAAUUC